UGGCAAACCUGAGUCCGUCUCACCUCCCCUCGCUCCCAACCUCUAGAUCCCAUCCCAAACUUCCCGAUCCACCUCCCCACCAGCCCACCGCCGACCCUUCUGUGGUGCAUCUUUCCUCGCUUCCCUUUCUUGUUCCUGCGACAUGUCUUCUUCCUCUCUCCUGGCCGCCUCCCGAGUAGCCGUCGACCGCCGAUACCGUCCCCUCCUUGUUCCUGCAGGUCGCCUCCGCAACCGCGCUAUCCAGCCCCGUUGUCUCCGGCACCUGUGCUCGACGGGCGCCCAUGCUCGACCCCAACCCCCAGAAGAAACCAGGUCUCCCCAUGAUGGCUGCGAUUUUAGUCCCUGGUGAUAUUGCUGCUGCUUCAGGAAAUGCUAUUCAGACGCUUUGGAGCAGCAUGGCCAUGGACAUGCUGAUGUGGCCUCUCGCACGGGCCCUGCCAUGGGCUUCCUUCUGCAGCUCCUCAACCAACACAACAGGGUCACCACUGAUUGCUCGGACUGGAGGAAGAAUUGCCGGAAGCCUGGAACGAAGCUUAGGUCUCAUUCAAGAGGGUGGAAACUCUCGUGACUGUCAGUUCUUCCUUCAUGUCUUUGGCAGGCUCAUGACAGGGUUCUUACCAGCUGGUGCCGCUGUUUAGUAAAUGUUGGACAUAGAGGCAGGACACAGAAGGCAAAGAUCAAGAACGAGGACCCAGGGCAUUCACGAGUUGGCAAGGUGAUCGCCGCCUGAUCAGGAAGUGGUGCGGACGGCAGAAAUUAUUUUGAAGAGAAUAUCUCCGGUAUUCCUUUCCACACAAUAAAAUGCUUGACAAUCCUUCUCGCAAAAGGUGAAGGCGCAAAGUAGGCAGUUCAGUUCUAGCUGCUUAGGGAGGCAAAAAAAAAACCUAGACAUCACACUCAUUGCAUAUACCAUCAAACGUGAACGACCAUUGGAACUUUGGAAGGCAGCGAUGCUUUUUUAAAAAAAAAAAUUAAUGAACAACUAAAAUGAGCUAUGAUAUGAAAAAUUGACGAAAAAAGAGGCGUGAAAAAAAUUAAAUGGUAACAACAGAAAACGGGCGUGGCAAAGCGAGCCAGGUCCUUCUAGUCAGGUUCAAUACAUGCAGCAUUGCGUGGAGCUGCAAGAUGGUGUGGAAAAGUCGUCAAUCUCCAGCAACAUUUAUGUGCCUCAUCAAGGUUCUUCACAUUCAUCAACUCCGCAAAUUGAUUUAUCCCCUUCGGGGAGCUUUAUGUGCUUGUUGCGUGCAUCUAGGAACCACAGGAAUUGUUAGGUUCUCGGCACAGGGCGAUGACUUGCACAUAAUGUCAAUUGAUAAGUGUUGUUUUUUCUAUGUAAUAGACAAACUGGAUACAUUACAUUUACUUAGAGGAGUUUUUUUUAGCUCUUUUUCUUGGUUGAUGCUAUGAUUUAUGCAGGUUGUUCUCCUAUGGGUUUAAUCAAGUUGUAUUAUCAAUAUGCCUAAGUUGUCGACUGCAAUUAGUGAAGUUGCAUACUGUUUUUUAAACGAGUUGUUUAUUCAGAAUGCUUAAGUUGGUUACUGACAAUAAGUAAGUUGUUUUUCUUUUUAUGGUCCAGCAUGGUUAAGUUGCAUACUAUUUUUUUUAACCGAGUUGUUUGUUAUAUAAACGGAAGGCUCGAGUAGAACCCAACUUUAAAUUAAUAAAGCCACCGCAGCAAUAGUCUUACAAACCAGUUCAAUUCAACAGAGAAAAAACUGAUAAAGACAAGAUGGGCAAAAGGCGAAAACAGAUUACAACAUGAGUAGUUCUGUCCCUAAGAUCGCUUAAGAGAGCCCGGAUCUUGCCAAAUUGCAACUCCCAAGACCUCCCAAGUUCCAAUCCUUGCGCUUAGCCACUGCUUUCCAGACCUGCAGGUACGAAGCCAUUUUUGAAAGCACGUGAGCUGGUGGAGUGGGGAAGGCACCCUGAAUAGUGAACUUGUUCCUACUAGUGGAAAGGGACCAACGCAUCACAGCAAAACACAUCCAAUAGAUGCAUUUAGAUUGGCUGGAGACAUUUUGAAUGCCGUGAUGCACCUUAGCGUACCACACUGGGUUCCAGGAACAAGUCAGAAGUUCCCUAAAUGAGUUGGUUGUUCAUGAUGCUUAUUGGUUACUCAGAAUAACUAAGUUGUUUUGCUUUUUAUGGUCCAACAUGCUUAAGUUGGAUACUGUUUUAUAGCUGAGUUGUUUGUUCACCGUGCUUAAGUUGAAUACUGUUUUAUAACUGAGUUGUUUGUUCACCAUGCUUAAGUUGGUUAUUGAGAAUAACAAAGUUCUUUUGCUUUUUUAUGUUCCAUGAUGCUUAAGUUGCAUAUUGUUUUUUAACUGAGUUGUUUGUUCACCAUACUUAAGUUGGUUAUUGAGAAUAACUAAAUUGUUUUGCUUUUUAUGGUCUAACAUGCUUAAGUUGCAUAUUAUUUUAUAAUUCGUUUAUAUGUGCAGGGAACUUCUUCUAAUGUUUUAACUAAGUUGCUUUUCUGCGCAUGCAUGAGUUUACUAAUAAUUUAACUACGUUGCUUUUUGUUUUCGGCUAAGUUGUUUUACCAUAAUCUAACUUAUUUUUUAAAAUUUACAACUAAAUUCCCAUUAGUAGUACUCAGUUUCAGUUAAGUUACUUUUUCUCAACUGACUAAAUUGUCCUUAACUUCCACCUAAGUUCGCUUUUUUACUAUGCAACAAAAUUUUGGUUUUAGGAGCAUUGCCUCUCAUUAGCUGCGUAAUGAUCUUGAUUAGAAAGUUGCUUCUAGCUGACAAGCUUUUAAGUUUGGUAAUAAUAAAUGUUCCUGGUUGUGUUUUUCAUUUUGUAGUUUUUUUUGCAGAGGAAUAACAGAUAGACAAGAGAUGACUAAGCGCUCUCACCUGCGUUACCAGAAGCUUGGUGAAGCAAUUUUUCCAAUUUACUUGUACCUAUAAUAUAACUAAGUUGCUUGACCAGCUACUAUUUCAGGUUUGUGUACUUUCUAUGGGACUCUGUGGGUACGUACAACCUGAUUUCCAAAUUUAGGGACGUAUAUACCUGUGUUGGAUUUCGUAUAGUUGUGUUCACAUGAUUUACUUGAACUUGGGAUUUUUCCUUGCUAGUUUUUCCAUGAUAUAAAUUGCUGCUGCCUCUUGGUGUGUUACUUACAUGUGGAGAUAUGUACAAUUAGUUAGUUGCUCGAUUACAAGGCAUGUGUUGUACCCAUGUUGUAUGUUACUUUUUUAGUUCCCCAAAUCCUACUUGUUGUGUGCAAUAUUCAGUCCUCCUUGUCAAAAGUAUGGCAAGCUAAGACAACGAAAUUGCUGGACAAUUUGUUAAAUCCUACUGGUUUUACUAUGUGGAAGAA